AUGAAUAAACAGGUAAAAUAUUUAGCUUAAAGUAAUGAAUAUACGGUUAAAAUAUUUAGCUUAAAGUUAUCUAUAAUUGAGAAAAAAGGUUGGGAACUACAGGUUAACAAAUUUUGUGAUUGUCUUUUGCAGCAUUUACACUGCAGUACUACAUUCCUGCACAAAUCAGAUUAGCUGUGGAUUUUGAGAAUGCCUUACGUAAUGCACAGAGAGGAAAAUAUAAUAUUUAAUAUUUUCCAACUUGCUUUGGUCAACUUGUGUACCCAGUAAUAGUGUUUGACUUGACUGAAGUGUCAACCCAAACCCUAAUGAAGUCUAACAUUUUAACCUAUUGUUUCACCUCCAGAAAAUGCUUUCUCAUGUGUCAGGAUCAGAUUUUUUACCACAGAUCCUGAAGUCCAAAUUAGAUUAUAACUCUCUUUAAGAGGGGCGAAAUCUUCUGAUGCAGUGUAAAUGCUGCCUAAGUCCCUCCGUUUGUAUGUCUGCUUCUCUGUGUGCGUCUUCAUCCGAUUGCCAUCAUUUAGAAAUGCGGCAAGCGCAGCCGCCAUGACGGAGCAGUUCUUCCUCAGCUCCCUAAUAUGGCCCCAAACCUCCUGAUAACAUUUGCAGUGCUAGCCGAAGGGGCAGAAGUAGAAUGGAUACUUUGAUUUGAGCUGGGACUAAAGAGACUCAGACAGAAAUACCAUAACCCAUUCAUCACAGUGGCACAACCUCUGCAGGGAACGACCUCUCUAGCCAAUUAUACAGCAGUGCUGCAGAGGGGUUGAAUGGGGCCUGCUCGUUUCAAACCAUUCUUUCAUUUCGAUGGCAUUUGGUGUUGACACUCUUUUUUGGCCUAAAAGCCUCUGAUCUUAUUCUACACUUUAUCCCUGUUGGUUGGGAUGUUCAGUAUAGACUGCAGUGUUUUCUUCUCAACAGUUUUUUUUACGGCCAUCUGUUCACAUCUUAAACCAGGCAGCAUUUUUUUUGCCUGAUCUUUAGAUUUCCUACAAGAGCAGCUUAGACGAGUAAUUGACCCCUUUAGUCAUAUCACUCAGCAUGUUUAGUCCCGCUUAUGGGCAUUUUGCAAGUAUACUGUGUCAAACACUGACCCUUGGAUAUUUCAGUCUGCUCCCUUUCAACACCAGCGUCGAACGCUGCUGUACUCUCAGACACCCAAUCCCCGCUGGGGGAGGAAUGCAAAGCACAGGCGUGGGGGACCGGAGCAGGGUCAGAUGUGACAAGCGUAGUAAUGGGGGCGUCAGAAGGAAGCGGGCUCUGAAAAGGGAUGAGUGCAAAACUCAAUUAUCAUCCUCAGAGGAUUAAAUAUGGCCGAUUGUCACGCCGGCGAUAAGGGGGCCUUCUGUUGCUGAGCCACUUUGGAGCUGGGGAGAGAAGAGAUGAACGGCAGUGUCAGUGUGUUUGGCAGCUUUGGCGCACUGCGUGUAUAAACGACUAAAUGUGUGUAGAUGUAUGCAUGUAAGCAUCUGCGUGUGUGGCUGCAUGGUUGUUGUUGUUUUUUCUCCAUCUGCUCACAUGCUUCUAUUAUGCAGCUCUGCACUCAUUUCAUCACCACAGAAAUCCACUGCUUGGACUUUCAAAUACGUCUCUAUUUGCCUCGUGCUUACUGUGUCUUUGUGGGAUUCAGGUACCCUCCGUCCUCCCGGCAGACGUCCCAUGAGGAAGGGAAGGAGUGGUUGAGGUCCCAUUCAACAGGGGGACUUCAGGACACAGGCAGCCAGUCCCCACUGUCUCCUCCGGGAGCUUCCUGCACGAACACUGGAAAAUACCACUACUCCAACCUGCAUCUUGGUGUUUUUGCCCUCCGUGCAGUGAGCCCCACCAACAUCAGCCAGUAUAACCUGCCACCAGGCAGCACCAGCAUGAGCCGCUCCAACAGCAUCCCUGCCCAUGACUCCUUUGACCUGUACGGGGAGGGCCAUCCACUGGGUGGCAGUGCAACCUCCCUGGAGGACCGCCCACGGGGCAUCAGCCGCUCCGGCUCCUUCAGGGACAGCACCGACGAAGUCCAUGGCUCUUCAUUGUCUCUGGUCUCCAGCACGUCUUCAUUGUACUCUGCGACAGAGGAGAAAGCACACUCAGAGGGCCAAACAGUCCAAAAUUCCACGCAAAUCAGAAAGCUGCGUCGGGAGCUGGACGCCUCUCAGGAGAAGGUGGCGACCCUGACGUCUCAGCUGUCUACCAACGUGAGUUUGUUUACUUCAGAACACGCCGUCAGAACAGCUGGCUCAUUUGCAUGACAAACCUCUGUCGGAGAGCUUUUUGUUGGGAGCGUUGCCUAUCAAAGGCCUGGAAGGAAUAUACUGUAAAUCUUUCAGACGCCCACUAAUUUCUUAUCUCUGUUUUUGAAGCCAGGUGCUUGUAUUUAGGCUUUUGCUUGUUUGAUUUUUAGUGUGUGUUUUUUGUGUGCUUGUCCUUAAGAUGGGAUGUUUUCUUGUGCGUGUUUGUGUACCUGCGGCACAGCUAGGAUUGCCUCCUUGCCUUUGUCUCAGCCGGCGGGGGGUUUUCAGUGAGAACAGGAGCCUCGCCCAGAUUCAACCGAGCAGGAAGAAUCAAAUAAGAGAUAGGCUGGCGCAGGAGAGAGAACGGGGGAGACAAGGAUAAGUGAAUCUAGACGUCACGCGUGGGUGAAACAAGAGCAAGAUGCAGAGACCUCCAACCCCCAGACGGAGCCUGUCUUUGUGCUGAUAGAUCGACAAACUUCAGCUCCCGACUCAGCUCAGCCGCUCCACCCUCACUGAUCAAGCGUGGAGGCAGAGGGGGUCUUCGCUUCGGUCUGACGCUUUGAUCACAAAGUUGUGCCGAGCUGAAACUGAAGGCUAAACAGCAGGGAAAGUUGCCGAAUGGAAGAGGGAGACAUGCCUUUGUGAAAGAGUUCUGUAGGGACAGUCGGAACACUACUGGUUUGUUUGGGUCAUGUGCAAUGACUUGAUAGAUGAAGCUUCACAUUUGAAUACCCUGAAAUGGGAACUCCACCGAUUUUAGAUAUCAAAGUCUGUUUACGGGUGACUGUCACUGAUUUUACAGCUAAUUGCUGUUAACAGGUUAAAGUUAGUUCAACAUUUAACUCUUAAGUUAAACAAAACUUAACUCCUUAACGUCACCCGAUAGCCCUCUCCCCUGUGCCUGGCCGUGACGCAUAUAAUCCGUCCUCCUUGAGAAGACAGUUGUUUGGAUACAUCCAGGUUUUCUGUUAUUCCUCACUUGCUGAUUAGCAUAGCGAAUCCACUCGUUUUCACAUCUUAAAAGUCCACUUGCUGUCACGGGGAUGGAUGACAAUUGGGACUCAUUCAGCAUCAUCUUUGCAGCUUCGCUGCAUCAAGCAUAAUAAAGACAACUUUGACUGUUUGCACUUUUUAACUAUAAUAACGAUUGCUCGUUGCAAUAGCUGCUAAUGUUGGCAUUGCUAAUUAUCUAUCAUGAGUCCGACCUCUGCUCUCCGACCCUCCACCUCCAGAGCAGGAGCACCUUGUACCUAGCGUAGCAAAGGACUUGGUAUUAUAGUUUAGUUGAUGGCUUGACAAACUGGUCAUGUACGCGUUAGCUUGACACAGGUUCACAAGUUGUGGGGAGGCUACUAACCUUCUACCAAAAGAAGAGAAAUGCUACUGCUAACUCCAAAGUUGUGUUGUUUACAUAUUGUGGCUUUUAUCUAGCUUGGUACCGUUAUACGCUUGUCCUGCGUAGUCAUUGGGGCUAAAGUUAAGCUAGCUGUUGACGGUCAGCAAAUACCACCAAAACAUAGAUUGACUGCUUUUAAACCAUAAUGACUCAUUUUCUAUUCAUACACAUUUUUAAUACACAUAAAACCACUUCAUACUUAUUAUCAUAUAACUUAAAUAAUAUUUUGCCAUGUGACAGCCUUAGAGUUGUUUAAUUAAAUGCACCUGUGACGGCGCUUGGCUGCGUAACAAAACUAAAGUUACCUAACGUUAACGAGUGAUGCAAAAAAAUGACUUUUGCUGUUGAGGAGUUAGUACAGUAAUAAGAAAAAUGUAAUAUGUAUUUUUCAAGUCGCUUGCCCAACACCGUGUUUGGCAGUGUCGCCAGCAUGACUCACACAUGCGACAGCGUCCACUCAGCUUAGGCUUUACUUAACAGUGUGGCACAUUUACAGGUCACAUUAACACAUGUCAUCACCUCGGGACACCAGCAGUGAAGCCACUUUGGAGCCUCGGAUUAAAGUAGAGACAAUUCCCCGUCGCCGGUCGAUACCACAGCUGUAUUAGUGGGUGGCUCGCGCCCACAUUUUAUGUGUACAUUGCAAACAGAGAAUUCUCACAGUUUCUUUACAGUUUAGCAUGGUUCAGUAAGCGCCUGAUGAUGCGGCAUCAUCGCGUACAGUAUUUGACACUAGCUGGUUUCAAAAGCUACUGAUAGGAUUGUGAUCACCCUGCAGCGAGAAGGAGAUGCUGCAACAAUAUGAAGCAGGAAAAAAAAACAGUCAAGAACUUAUCAAGUAUGGCUGGGUGAGAAGAAACAUUUUUACACUUUGCAGGGGCCAAAUUAUCCAAAUUAGUAUAUUUUUUUUACCGUAUGUUGCCGUGGCUUUGUGCAGCAAAAAAACAUUUAAAACCAUAUACAGUACAUACUGUAUGUGUUGAUGUUCAGUGGCCAUUAACAGGGUCGCUUAGCAUAUAAAACGGCAGUGGAAAAAGCCGAACUGUGCCAAGCCAUAUGCAAACACCCACAUGUGCUUUACAUCUCCCACUCUCAUUUUAGAGGCUUGGGAUUUAAAAAAAAAAAAAAAAAAGUGAAAAAAACCAACAUCCCUGGUGUUGUACUGGAGCUGCAUCACACUGUAUCCACAUGACAGAGCAGUGAGUCGAUGGUGCUAUGAGCUUGUGUUAUCCUCUCAAUGGGGAGUGUGACCCGACAAGGAUACGUCAGCCUUAGCAGCCCCGACAUGCCGCCCACCCACGGUCCAAAACGAAACGCUCACUGUGCCGUGUGCAAGAGACGUCGCUUAAUCGUGUAUAUUCCUGGAACGCAUGUAGAAAUACAUGGAAAUGUACAGGAAACCUACACAUUGGUGGGUGUUUCGUAUUGUGGCCACAGAAAGAGAGACUGGUAUUUCCAAAAUGUUGAAAAAGACAGAACCUUUUUUUUUUUGUCAUUUUGAAACAGUAUUUUGAGGAUACCUUGCUUCCUUGUAGCACUAAUUUCUUCGCCAUUUAUCCUUUAAUAUGGUGUGUAUACUAUAAGGGCAUUUCAAUUUGGUUGUGACCUCAAUUUAAUGGAUAUUUGACCUUAACUUGUGAUUUUAGAAAGUGCGUCAAUCAUCCAAAUAUCUUUUGUCAAUCAGAAGAGGAACCUUAGGAGUUUAGCCAUAAAAAUCCCCAAAAAUGAUGAAGUAAAAAUGUAUAUUUUAAGGUUAGUGAGAGGGGUUUUAUUUGUGGGGAAGCGAUUUGCAAAACAGUUGCCUGCAUUGUGUCGUCCUGCAUUGGCUGAAUGCAUUUUAAUUUCCUCUCCUCUCUUUUCAUCAGAGAGACACAGAGGAGAUUUUUCCAUGAUUGAGGUCAUCUGAUCUUGGCUUCUGCUGUGCUACUGCAUACAUCAUUAUAAUUAUUAUCAUUUUCUGGGUUUCUUUUGUGCAGGAAAUUGAAUUUGGAUCUUGAAUAGAAUUUUAGGGGAGGUGUCAAUGCCCUCGGUCACGCAUGCCGACUCUCACAUUAAAAACAUAUUUGCUGCCGCGCAGUCACGCUGGAUUAAGAACACCCCACACAUGUCGUUUUUAAUUAACCGCGUGUUUGUUUUUGGUAUUAUUUGAUCAAAAUGGAGCAGAAUUAGUAAAACCAACAUCCUGUCAAAGGGAUUAAGAAGAGCAAAUGCUGCCAAACUGGUGAAGUAUUGUACCACCUUUCAGCCGGUGGAUGGGAUACGUUUUCCUGCCUCGACUGACAUUAACUCUGGUUUAAGAGUUUACACAGGAACCCCUCCCCCCCCCUCUCAAAUCCCCCUUCCUCUUUCUACUCACCCGUCACUGUGUCACCCUAACCUUGUCGCCUCUCCCUUUCUGCUCAGCCAGGAAAGGUUCCCCCUCCCUAUCACUCUCUAUUCCGUUAUUAUUCCUCCCUAUAUUGGCCGUAUUCUCCCUUAUCAUCCCCUUCCCUCCCUCCCAUUCGUCACCUCCCCUUUAUGCUGUAGUGUUUAGAGAAGGUAGCCCAGCAGCAGGUGCUGGCUUGGACCGCUGUAGUCGUGACUGUCCUCCUUGUGAUGUCGUCUGGCAACUCUAGCCCCAAAAGACUUCUCUUCAUCCAGUUCACUGGUUUGGCCCACCGUCAACCUCUACCCCAGACCCCAGGAUCGGCACGGCGGUCCUAAAAACAGGGGGUCCGGCACACAAGUGUGUCAGCCGGGGCCAGGCCCCAUGAGCAGGACAGACAGUUCAGCCACGGGACACGUCAGAGUUUGAUCGGCGCCCCCUCUGUGGCGGACAGGUGGGCGGGUGGGGGGGCUGUUGAGUCGGAGCUCACAGGUGGAGUUGGAAA